AUGCUCCCUGCUCAGGAAGCGGCCAAGAUCUACCACACCAACUACGUGCGUAACGCGCGCGCCGUGGGCGUGCUGUGGACGGUGUUCACCAUCACCUUCGCCGUCAUCACCGUGGUGGUGUUCAUCCAGCCCUACUGGAUUGGGGACAGCGUGAACACGCCGCAGGCCGGAUACUUCGGCCUCUUCCACUACUGCAUCGGGAACGCGCUCACCUCGGAGCUCACGUGCAAAGGGAGCGCGCUGGACUUCGGCUCCAUCCCGUCCGGCGCGUUCAAGACGGCGAUGUUCUUCGUGGGGAUCUCCAUGCUGCUGGUGGUGGGCAGCAUCGUCUGCUUCAGCCUCUUCUUCUUCUGCAACGCGGGGAGCGUGUACAAGAUCUGCGCCUGGAUGCAGCUGGCCUCCAGCACAUGCAUGGUGAUUGGCUGCAUGAUCUAUCCUGAUGGCUGGGACUCGGAGCAGGUGAAGCGCAUGUGUGGCCAGCGCACCGACAAAUACACCCUGGGCAACUGCACGGUGCGCUGGGCCUACAUCCUGGCCAUCAUCAGCAUCAUGGACUCCCUCAUCCUGUCCUUGGUGGCCUUCAGCCUGGGCAGCCGGCAGGACAAGCUGCUGCCCGAGGACUUCCAGGUGGAGGAGAAAGAUAAUGCGUAG